AUGUCGCAGGAUAAGUGUCAUCCAACAGCGAUGGACAAGAAAAGACUGAAACCUUUUUGUAAUUGGAGGACUCUUGCUAUAUUACUUCUUCUUUCUCUUGCAUUUACCUGCUUCACUAUACUUUUGUUACUGUUAGGAAGUGAUAAUUCUCGAUAUGUGUGUGAGCAGUCAACCAAGUCGGUGUAUUCAUCAGCGUCAACAGGCCUAUUCCCUUCAGGUGCAUGGCAUAAUAUACAUAUUAAAGCAACUGUUUUAAAGCCAUUACCCGAAAGUUUCGAAUUGGGACAACAAAUCGAAGCCGAUCUACCUCCAGGAGUUAUUGUUUAUUCAUAUUUUGCGGUACAAAAGAAUAGUCGAAUAAUUUUCAAUAUAUCCGUCAACUCACAAGCACAGUUGGUCAUUUAUGGUAGACGAACAGCAUUACCUUCACCAGCUACCCAUGACUUCAUGGAUAUUGUUCAUGCAGACUGGUUAACCAUUUCCGGAAAUUCGUCAGACACCCGACUGAAACGUUUCACACCGUUACUCCGGACAGCGAUCCUGACACACUACUUGCUAAGUGGACGAUGGCAUAUCGGACUACUGAAUGAUAUCUUACAGCCAUUCCCAAUACGUCUUGUUGCUGCGGUGAUUGCUGAUCAGGUGGCGGACGAAAGGACCGAUGAUUGUCGUUAUGAUUGUACAGGACAUGGACAGUGCAAAGAUGGUAAAUGUUAUUGUUUUCCGGGAUACAGCGGAACUUACUGCGAAGAAAAUUCAUGUCCUGUACUGUGCAGUGGAAAUGGAAUAUUUUCUGGUGGUCAGUGUAUAUGCCAUGAAGGUUACAAAGGUCCUGAUUGUGACUUAUUGGCGCACUGGUGCGAAGCACCUAACUGCAAUGGACAUGGUCAAUGUAAUCAGUUCGGUGAUUGCGAAUGCGACAUUGGUUGGAAGGGUACUUUCUGUGACAAGAAAGAUUGCAAGGAUUCUCAAUGUAGUGGUCACGGUGUGUGUCAUAACGAGAAAUGUUAUUGCGAGGAUGGAUAUCGCGGGGAACAGUGUGGUGAAAUAUAUCUAGCGGAGAGCUGCAUCGGUAAAGAACUUCAGUUACGCGACAUUGAACCAGAAUCAGACGCAGAUUCAGCUUGUACCAAUCGUGGAAGAGUUGAUUCAGAGUCAGGCCUCUGCAUUUGUAUUCCUGGAUAUCACGGAAGCAAAUGUGAAUUAGAACGAUGUGAAGUGGAGUGCAUGAACGGUAAAUGUGGUAAUGGUGUAUGCGUUUGUGAUGAAGGAUGGACAGGUAUGGAUUGCACGGAACUGAAGUGUCUUCCUGGAUGUGAACAGCAUGGACAUUGCAAUAAUGGUACUUGCAUGUGCAGCAAGGGUUGGAAUGGAGAAAAUUGUUAUAUUGCUGGAUGUAUUAAUGAUUGCAACGGACAUGGUGUUUGUCGGUUGUUUUCCGGACAAUGGAAAUGUGCAUGUCAUACAUCAUAUUUUGGCGAGAACUGUUCUCUGCCAGUCGAGUCAAGUUGUAGUGAUGGUGUUGACAAUGACAACGACGGUCUAAUAGAUUGCGAAGAUUCGGAAUGCUGUAUGGAUAGUAGCUGUUCAUCAAGUCAAAUGUGCGUCACUGUCAUACAGCCACGAGAUGUACUUUUAAAGGUGAUACCAUCCAUAAAUGGUAAUUUCUAUCAGCAAAUUAAAUUUUUGAUUCAACGUGACUCGGUACAGCGCUAUGCAGAUGAACGCUAUUUCAAUGAAAGUUUUGUAUCAGUCAUUCGCGGACGAGUUUUGACCGAAGAUGGUUCACCGCUUACGGGUGUGCGUAUUGCAGAGGCAAGGCAUCCAACAUUGACGGGUUUCACGUUGAGUCGUAGUGAGGAUAAUGGAGGUGCUUUUGAUCUAGUAGUUAAUGGUGGCAAAACAAUAACUUUGCAGUUUAUGAGAAAGCCGUUUGAAAAGCUGGAAAAGAGUUUCUACAUACCGUGGAAUGAGAUUGUUUAUGUGGGUGAUAUAACGAUGCGAUUGGGGCCGGCGGCGGUAGUUGUAAAUGAACGACAGGGAAUCAGUGAAAAGUGCCGACAGUAUCACGCUAUCAAUCGCUUAGCUCCUGCCAUAUUCGCAUCGUGGCAUACAAACCAGUAUUCCGGGAAACUUACCUCUUCAUCAUAUAGUGUUCAACUGCUAGCUGACUCCGGAAAAUCCUUCGAUUCCAUUCAGAUACCUACCACGAAUGAAGUAUAUCUCGUAUAUGAUAGUUCAUUUGCUGAUGGCUAUCACAGUACGUUGAUUAUCGAGUUACUUCCAAGUCGCAUUCCGGAAGAAAUUCGUUUGGUUCAUCUAUCUGUCAAUGUUGCUGGCAAUCAUUUUCACACAGUUUUUUCGGCCAUGCCGAAUUUAACAUACACUUAUUCGUGGGAGCAGACGAAUGUUUACACUCAGACUGUAAACGGAUUGGUUAAUGCUAAGGUAUCGGUUGGAUACGAAUAUGAAGGCUGCAGCAGAAGCAUUGCUUGGAUUCAUCGCCUUGUGAAACUGGAAGGACAUCGUGCUAACCGUUUUAUGUUAGGCGGUUGGUCAUUGAGCAUCCACCAUCAUUACGAUAUCAUACACAAUGUACUGGAGAAAGGUGAUGGUGUAAAAGUGUUUUUGGAUGAAGCUGCUCCGUUAUUAAUAACAGUAGUUGGUAAUGACCAACAACGUCCCGUUAACUGCCCAUUUUGUGAUGCACUUGCAAAUGAUGCACGUCUUUUCCGUCCUGAUGCGUUAUGUGUGGGAAGUGAUGGUUCAUUGUACAUUGGUGAUUACAAUUUAAUACGUCGUUUGACACCCAACGGAAUGCUUGUUUCUUUGUUGGAGCUCAGCAUAUCGGAUACAGCACAUCCUUAUUACUUGGCUAUCGAUCCGCUGACUGAUUCUCUUUUUAUUUCGUUACCGAUACAUGCUCAGAUAUGGCAAGUAAAUAAAGAUAUAGAUAGUACAACAGAUCUAACAACAAAUUACAACGUGGUGGUUGGUGAUGGAAGUAUAUGUCCCAGUUCAAGUGAACGUUGUGGUGAUGGUGGGGCCGCAGAUUUGUCUCAGCUUACCUUCCCCAAAGGCAUUGCUUUUGACGAAUAUGGAAAUUUAUAUAUCGCUGAUAGUAGACGUAUAAGGAUUGUAGAUCGAGAGAGACAAAUCAAUACGUUGAUUGAAGAACGUGAGAAUGGACCACGUCCAUGUAUAGUUGAUUAUACGAAUUUGUCAGAUAUCAUUACUGUUUGGCCGACAUCACUUGCCGUGGAUAUGCUAAAUAAUAGACUCUACAUACUUGAUACAAAUGUGAUAUAUCGUAUAUCACUGGAUACUGGUAUGGGCACAGUGAUAGCUGGGACACUUACUGAAUGCGAGCAGAUGAAAACACUAGCAGGUGAUUUGUUACCACAACGACCAUUAACAGAAGCACGGUCCAUUGCUGUAGCACCAGAUUCUACUAUAUACAUUGUCGAAACAAACAACAAAAAAAUCAAUCAGAUUCGAGCUAUCUAUCCAGAUAAUCGUUCAAAAGUAGUAGCUGGAAAGUUGAGCAGAUGUGAUUGUGAUCGUACAAAUUGUCCAUGUGAAGAUCUUCAUUCAACUGUUGCAACUUCUGCUUUUCUUCAUUCUCCAUCGGCUGUGGCUGUUGAUUCAAAUGGAAUGGUGUAUAUCGCUGAUAAGGGCAAUUUUAAAAUUAAAAAACUUCAAAAACCUACUGCAAUGUAUGAUGAAAUAACUCAGCAAUACCGUAUCCACAGUCCUCAUACUAAAGAAAUUUACAUAUUUAACAAGGCCGGUCUCCAUAUGAGCACUGUUAAUCUUCUUACUGGCGACACUAUAUUCACUUUCACAUACGACGUUGACACACGUCUUGGUCGUUUGUCGCAAAUAACUGGUACUGGUGGACAUAUUUUGCGAGUUCAUCAAACAGAUGAUGGAAAAACUCUACUGGAGACAGCAACAGGACUUGAAACAGUAUUGAAUUUUGAUCAGUUUGAUGGAACACUAUCAAAGAUUACAUUUCCCAGUGGUGAAAGUACCAAAUUCUCGUACUUUCCUGGUCAUCUUCUUCGCUGUCGUGAAAUACUUAAUCGAAAUUGGUGCUUUGAAUAUGACGAAUUUGGCCGUGCUAAGGCACUGUUGAAUCCAGCCGGAAUCUAUUAUUCAGUAGUAAGACGUGACGUUAUAUAUAGCAAUUUAGUAACAACAGUGGCAAGAAAUAAUGAACCAUAUACGGUUUACAAAUUUUCAAAUAGGAAAUUCACAGAAGAAGGUACGCAGGAUCAACAAGUAACGGUGCUCGAUGAAGGUCUGUCAAUUGUCGCCUUUGGCGCUCGAACCCAUUUCGAUGGUGUAACGCAUCCUCUGUUAGAACCGCAUGAAACAGUAAUUUUGAAGCGGAAGAUAACUCUUCCGGAAGCUACAGACCCUCCAAGACGUGAACUAAAUUUGCGCUUUGAAUGGCGUGGCUAUAUACGUCGCAAGGAAUCCGGUAGACGUGAUCCGGAGAAGUGGCGUCGUGUUCAGCAGGUCGGAAAGAGACCGAGGAUCAAUGGACGUAAUGUGUUCACAAUUGAAUACGACUGUGAUAACAGACAAGAUACUGUUCGGAAUAGCCUUGAUGAAGAAGUACUCACUGUCCAGUAUAACGAUGCUGGUCAAAUUACCUCUUUUAUUCCACUGACACCACGUGAACAACCUCAUAUAGAUGCUAUGAAAAUUAUGCAUGAUUCGUUGGGAAGGCCAAGUCAAAUAACUUGGGGAGCUUUAACUAUUGUUUUUGAAUACGAUCGAUUAAAUCGAAUUAUCCUGAUGUCAGCAAUUACAGGAGGUGCCAGCUACCUUGAGCGGAAAUUCUUUUAUCAGAAGGAAAACCAGUUAAUUCCUUCAAUUGUACAAAUGCCAUCUGGAGAAAAAUAUCGCUGGCGUACGGAUCGUGUUGGCGGUAUCACUUUUCUGAAAACCCCAGCUGGUAUCGUGCAUCACUUCAUGCAAUAUGCUGUCUUUGAUCGAGUUUGUCGACAGCGUACCGUUUUAUUUUCCAAUGCAUCUUACGUCGCUUGUUUGAGCGAUGACGGAUGGUUGCUGGAUUAUCGGACGCCGGAUCGUUUGCAUUCAUUAAUUGUGACACGUGAUAUAUAUGGAAGAGUGAUACAAAUAACUUCAGAUGCCGAAAAUACCUUCUUCAAAUAUGGAGGACCAAAUGGAAACUUGCAGUUGCAGGAAGUUAGCAACAGUUUCCUGAAGAGAACAUAUAAGUGGCAAGGUGUGAUACAGUCUAUUGUUCGUGAAGCGCAUAUGGUUGUCACCCAUUCAAAUCGUCGUUUUGGCGAAAGUUUCGUUGAGUUUUUGUACGAAUAUGAUGAUUUUUUCCGAUUAAUAACAGUAACAAUUAUUUAUAAUGCUAUGCGUUUGCAACCACAAAAAUAUCAAUAUGAUUCUCGACAAGGGCGCUUAACAAAACUCAAUAAUUUUGUCUUCUUAUAUGACUUAUGCACACGUAGAAUAAUGGGUGAAACGUUAGUGAUGGAAAUUUUCUGUAAUAGUGCGAAUGAGGAAAUCAUGCGAACGUUGAUAAUUAACGAGCUGAAAGUUGUGGAGAUGAGGGUGACAAGACAUUCUCUUGGUUGGGUUGAAGCCGUUGACUGGACCAUUAUUGGGGAGAAGCGGCCAACCGAAAAACGAACAUUCAACAUGGAUGGACAGUUGGUACAGUAUACAAUUGGUGAAGCAGAUGAUCUUCGAUGGACACUUCAUUACGAUUUAGAUGGACGUCUAAAAGCUAUUAAUGAUGCAAAAAUAUUAUUUUCCAAUGGAAAGUUGAAAAAUGUAGAUCAGGUAGACUAUACGGUGAAUGCGAAUGGUUGGACGCGAAGUCGUGGUAAAGUGUAUUUCGAAUACGAUGUGUAUGGUCGAGUGCAUCGUAUCUAUCAGCGAGGCUUGAUGGAUGUUGAAUACGGUUAUGACGAUCGUUCACGUAUAAUUUGGAGAAGAGUGGGUGACGAGCAAUUCCAGCGCUUCUUUUAUGCAAUACCUGAUCGACCAUAUCUCUUGACACAUUUCGUCUCAACAAACGAAACACCAUCAACUAUUUUAUAUGACGACCGAGAUGUCCCAUUUGCUUUCUACCGCGGUGAUAAAUAUCAUGCUUUGUUUGUGGAUAUUGAUGGUUCUGUUCGUUUCAUAUUUGCAUCGGAUGGUACUAUGGUGAAGGAAAUUAUUCGUAACCCUCUUGGUGCAACUAUUGUGGACAGUAAUGAUAGUUUCUAUUUCCCACUUGGUUAUCGUCAUCAAUUCGAUGAUCCGCUUACUGGCAUUGUAAUUCUGGGACCAGAAGCACGGCCAUAUGAUACAUUUGUGGGACGUUUCAUGUCCAUUUCCAUUUCCUUUGUCACUUCACCAAUGGAUAUUUUUGCUCCUGAAUAUGAAAGUGAUCCUUUUCGUGUAAUACCAACUGAAUCGAAUUUGCUGCGACAUUUCCCAGUUGAUCUCGAAAAAUGGAUGGAAAUGUGUGGAUUUUCUCUUUCACAAGUGCUCCCUUCUACACCGAAUCCCAUCCAAAAUGACGGUCUUAAGAAGUUGCUGCAACUACCUGAUAGCCUAUGUACAAUUACCGCCACUCACGUCCUCUCUUCAUCAUUUUGCUCAUUGAUUCAUAAAGUGAAGCAUUUCAAGCAGUUUCUUACUGCCACAUCACCUGUACUCCUACCAUUUUCUCAUCCUCCACUUUUCGUCCUCUUCGAUAAACCGUCAUACAGCUCCAGCGACUCACUUGGUUUUCGCGGAUUGACAUUUAUAAAGCGCCCAUCAGAUAAGUUUGAGGUGAUUGGGCACUCUUUGAAAGAAGACGAAAAGUUGAAUGCUUUGAGGAUACUGCUAGUUGGCAGCUCCUUCCUGAAUAUUAUGAAUAUGCAUUUAUCUGGAGAGCUUGUGCAAAUCCAUUUUACCACAAACAUAACUUCCGAUAAAAUCCCACUGGAAGAACUGGCAAGAUUUUUCAAUAUUUCAAAUUUUAACCAACAGUUAACACUCUAUGCUGGAAACACUCAACUCAUAUUUCAUUAUAGCAAUGAUUCGGAAGCUGUUAGAUCUGAAUUAAUUCGUGAACAGACUCUCGAAAUUGGUAAAAUAAUUUGGAAUGAUGAAGUAGAACGUGCUCGUUACGGUACCAUUACUCGACAUUCAUGGACCGAAUCCGAAUUGUCACAGUUGCACUCAAAAGGGCUCGUAAGUGGUUAUGAACCUAAGUUUCGUCCAGGUAAGUCGGUGCCUGUUCUUUGGAACACUUAUUUAUGGACAUUUCAAAGGGUAGCUGCUUGA